AGAAACCAGAGGUCCCAUACAGCCUACUCUUAAUUUAUUGGCUUAUAAACAUACGGGAAAUGGCUGCUUCGGCGCUCGUUCUUCCUCCUGUGACACCUCCAGACUACCACAGGAUCAUUUCACCAUCGCUGAACGUUCCCAGCGACCCACAGACAUCCAUUCCCGUCGGUCUCUUGGCAUGCCAACGCGAUCCACUCCUUCGAGAAUCGGCCACCACAGUGGUCAGCAUUCGCCCUGCUGAAGCACCUCCGCAGCCCAAGCGUGCGAAGAAGGACAAGUCCGGUACACCACCAGCACCAGCAAGCCCUCUUCUCGAGAUCUUGCUGCACGAUACCGUUCUCUUCCCAGAAGGUGGUGGGCAGCCCUCUGACAUUGGAGUCUUGACGAGUGCAGAAGGACACGCAUGGGAAGUCGCAGAAGUGAAGCGCGCCGGAGGACAUGCCGUGCACUACGUCAAAGUCGGCGAAAAAAGUAUCGAAGACGCGCUGCACGCCUUCGCAGCUGGCACAAAAGUUAGUGUGCAGCUGGGAGAUGCUGGUCUGCAGCGGAGGCUAGACCACAUGUGCAUGCACACGUCUCAGCAUCUCCUGUCCGCUGUGCUCGAGCGGCGGUACCAGCUCGAUACGCUCUCUUGGUCUCUCACCGCUUACCCGACGCCGUCCUAUGUGGAGAUUCCCCGAGCAAUGUCUGCAGAGGAGAUCGCGGCCGUGCAAGAAGAGUGCAAUCGCUACGUGUUCGAAGGCCGGCGCGUCCAUGUAGAGGUGCAAGAGCUAGAUGCUGACGGGAAGAACUACCGUACUGCAUCAAAGGCUAUCCCGGACGAUUACACCGGCGGUGUGAAGAGGACAGUGGUCAUCGACGGAAUCGACAGCAACCCAUGCUGUGGUACGCACGCGCCCUCAUUGCACAACCUGCAGCUCUUCCUCCUCCCCCACACCGAUUCUCUCUCCCGAGGCACUUCCGGCACGUCCACCUCUUCCGCACGACUCUACUUCCUCGCCGGUCCGCGACUCAUCACCCACCUCACGUCCACACACAACUUCCUCACCGCGACCUCGGCGACGCUCAGCUGUGGCGGGCCGCAGGUGCCAGAGCGCGUGCAACAGGUCGUGGACGAGCGGCGGCGGGCCGUGAAGCGCGUGGAAGACGUCGAGCUCGAGCUCGCGGGACAUGUCGCGCAGGAGAUGAUGCUCGCGCCCAGCGUCGCGUCUGCAUCUGCGGCGGUGGCCGUGCUGCGGCGCCACCGCGUCGACGACAGCGUGAACGCGCUCGCAUUCCUCGGCGCGGUCGCAACGGCGUUCGUCUCCGAGGCUGCCGCGCGGGCGCACCUCGUCGUCCUCAGCUCGUCGCCGUCGGCGCAGACGGGCACGAGCACGACGGUCGUGCUGGUGUUCGGGUCGGACGAUAGGCGUGUGAAGGAGAUCGGCGACGCGCUCAAGGCAAGGUUGGGUGUCAAGGGCGGGGGAAGGGUGCGAGGUGGAGUGGGAAGUUUACGGGUGUGUGGAAGGAGGCCAAGGAGGGGGCGGUUGUCGACGAGAUUUUGGGACUUUGAGCUUCGAACACCAAAGAGUCGUACUUGUACUAGAGAUCUAUACGGAAUGCUAGCUGCAUAUUAGGAUGGUCAUUGCC